AUGCACGUACGCAAACCGAUGGAUCGCGUCGACAAAGAUGAACUAACUGUGGAGGCGAUUUUUACCGAUGAUCGAUUAGUUGAAAUUAUCCUGUGGCUCCCUUUCUCGGAAUUUUUUUCGAUCGCCUCCAACCCGGUUAAACCGUAUGAAAUUGCUGUUUGUGGUCGAUCUGAAGCAAUCAUUCGUGUCUACGACCGUCGCAAAAUGGAUCCACAUGAUCCGUGCAGCGGUUAUUUACAUUGUUACGGUGCAGAACAUUUACGACCCAAAAAUCGUAAUCAAGCAUCACCCACUCGAAACGGUUCCGCGAGCCGUCGGUCUGCUUCCCGGGCAGCGCUAAAUGACGAACCAGAUGAUAAUCAGCAGGAAUUUUUGAUUACUGAAGAUAAUCCUGUUGAUGCGGAUGAGGAUUCCGAAGACGAAGGAGAUGACGACGACGCGGAGGAGCAGGACGGUGACGAUGCUUUCUUCAGUUCCCUUUCAUCUCGGAUAGGGCGGCGCGUACGUGCAGUACUUCGCCGUCUACGCGGACGGGCACGUAUUGCUUUGAGGGUGCAAGGCAAUCAGUCCGGUCGAGGAAACCGGUCGAAUUUAUCGUACGGAUUAGAGACAUCGAAGUUCAGUUGCACUGCUGCCGUGUACAGCAAUCAAGGCGAUGGUGAGCCCCCAGUUCUGAGAGUUUUGUGCGCGGGAUUUUUAUGA